GUCAAUCUGAAAAAAAAAAAACAGGAACCUGACGAUGGCGUUUUAUCUGAAUGUGUUCAUGAUAUAGUUCAACAACAUACGAGAUAAGAAAAUGAAUGAUACGAUACUCUUGUACGUUAUUAUAAACAUCUUGCCUUUAUCCAAAAUGCCCGGUCCAUCUGGCUAGAAAUUUACCGAUUGCGAUCUGAAGAUUCUAAGCCUCUAGUACUAACAGGGGUCAAACCUAUUUUGCAAAGAGCAUUUCUAUGAAUUAUGGAAGGAGUAUUGUACAAGUGGACAAACUACAUUACCGGUUGGCAGCCACGCUGGUUUGUGCUGGAUAAUGGAAUACUGUCCUAUUAUGAUUCUGAAGAUGAUGUUUGCAAAGGCAGUAAAGGGAGUAUCAAAAUGUCAGUGUGUGAAAUUAAAGUUCACCCAGCAGACAAUUCCAGGAUGGAGCUGAUUAUUCCUGGGGAACAGCACUUCUAUGUGAAAGCGGUCAAUGCUGCUGAAAGACAGAGGUGGCUUGUGGCCUUAGGAAGUUCAAAAGCAUGUUUGACUGACACCAGAACAAAAAAAGAAAAAGAAAUUAAGGAAACCACUGAGUCUCUGAAAACGAAGAUGUCUGAACUGCGAUUAUACUGUGAUUUGUUGAUGCAGCAGGUCCACACGAUACAGGAAUCGGUAAAUCAGGAGGCAAACCACACAUCGCCCAGCACAGAGAACUUGAAUGAAGCCUCCUCUCUGCUGAGUGCCACGUGCAAUACUUUUAUUACAACACUUGAAGAAUGCAUGAAGAUAGCAAAUGCCAAGUUCAAGCCAGAAAUGUUCAAGUUAUCUCAUCCUGAUUCUGUUGUGUCUCCAGUUUCACCAUCCCCUGUACAAAUGGUUCGGAUGAAACGCUCUGUGAGUCAUCCUGGUAGCUACAGUUUUGAAAGUAGGACAAGCCACUCGCCAAAGGAGUCAGUAUCUUCACUGCUGCGAUUAUCGCAGAGACGAACCAGGACUUAUUCUGACACAGAAUCACACAGUGAUAGCUGCACCGAAGAUGCAGACAGGACUGCACAGUGUUCAAAUAACUUUGUCAAUGGGGAUUUUGCACCAAUGACUAUCCCAGAGGAAACCAGCACUGCUCCAAGGAAAAUAUCAGAGACUCCUGUUCCAAUGAUGUCAUCCUGAAACUAAUGGGAACCUUUUGUCAACCUUUUACACACAAACUGCUAUGCAAUCUCAGCUGGCAUUGCAGUACUUGCAUAAUGGGAAGUACUGAAUUAUUUCACUUCGAAGAAUUUCUUUGCACUUUAAAGAAUAAUGUAAAAGCGUAAACUUGCAGACUAAUUGGUUUUGAGUUUUUUUUUUUAGAGAGAACCACCCAAUUAACAAGGCAAUGUAAAUGUGAAUUUCUACAAUGGUGUUAUAUAUUCAGUCAAGAGGACACGUUCAGAUCUUGAUGACUGCUAGACUUGAGUAGGUCGUGUGUUUUGGAAAAUAACCUUGAAGAAGAGGUUUGAUAAAUGUGCCAAGGACCAAUAAAUAAUAACCCAGUAAGGUUAUUUUAUUUGGUUGUUAAUUUGUAUUUAUUUUAUUUUUUUUCUGUGGGUAGGCUGCUCUAAAUAUUAUAAAGACCUUUGCAAGUGAGGCCUUACAGCAUUCGCUUAUUUAGAUUUUUUUAAUUUUUUUUUUUUAAGUUCCAGUGUCACUGUUAAUCACCAUAAUUCACAAAAAUAUAUUUGACAUUUUAAAAUUCUAAUAUGUCACUACCGUCAACCAGCUGGAAAGCACAGGACGUUUUGUUACUAUCAUACACAACUGUGUUUUCAUAUUGGAAUGCAGCAUGGUGCACUAGUUUGGUAUUGCACUGUCAUACACAUCUAAAGGAAGGAAUUUUCCAAUGUUAAGAAAUACAUGUAAAACAUUGUAGUAGUGUACAUUAGAUUUAAAUUUUCAUCGUUCAUUAAAACUUUUAUUUAACAAGGUUGUACAGUAUUUUUUUCUGCCUGGAUAUCCCAUACUAAAGUAGCCACAAACAAUAGAACAGAAAUUUCAACAAUACUGGUUACUGUACGUUGUGCAGCAACUCAACAACAAAUAUGCUCCCUCUUUUAUUUUGCCUUAAUGUAACUUUAACAGAACAAAAGGAAUCCAACUCAAGCUUAGAUGCAAAAAGGUGCUAAAUUAGCUUUCUUUUUUUUUUUUUUGAUUUGCGCAAAUCCUGAAAGAGAAAAAAAAAAAAAGUUACCAUGUACAAGUUAUUUAGAAACGUGUCAAAGGAGAAGCCCUGUUAGCUGUUUUUUUAAUUAAUUAUUUUAUUUUUUUAUUUAUAGUACUAGGAACUUGUUUACGGUCUUUGAAUGAUUUCACAUUAAUUACACGUAUACGGAACACAUAACCUUUGAAAAAAAUAAAUAAAUAAAUAAAAUUGUGUUUUAUAAGCCAUUCAGUUUUCUCAGGACUGAAUAUGUAUGAAUUAUGUCAUGCUUAAAAUGUGUUUUGAUAAUUAUUUUAGCUGAAUAUGUUAAUGAAGUACUUGAGUGUUUGUAAAUAAACAGUAUGCUUGUUUUGUUUUUAUCUACCAAAGUUUAUAGAUAAUAUAUUUAAACAUUCAGUAAGAGUAAUACUCAGCUUUCAUUUGGAUGACUUGUAGACAAAGAAAACUAACGCCCAGUUACAUUGAAUUGGUAUUUGUUGGUUGAAACGGCUGGUGCCAACCAAUUGGGCUAGUAAUGACAAAUGCAUUGUAGUUAAGGUUGUAUAUAAAGAUACUCUGACUUUCAUACUUAGAAAUACUUAUGUUUUAUUUAAGGUAUUAUUCCCUAUUUGCUCCAAGGAUAAAGACGGCUAAUCAGUAUAUUUUGUCAGCAAGUUCUGUGAAAGCAAAACCACAUGUUGUUACUUUUUUUAACCAAAUAAAUAACAUUUAAAAUAGCCAAGGAUUCAGACCCUCCAAUUAUUUUUGUUAAUGCACAAUCUUAGAGAAUUUUAUAAUAUAUGGGCUAUCUGGUCAUGUUUUAUGAGAAAAUUAUACAUUUUUACUGCUGAUUCUGGUUACAGUUAACUUGUUACAAGCUGAGACACUUGUUUCCAGUUGUGAAAUAAAA